UGCACCGAGCGAGCUUAUUCCCCCCCAAGUAUGGAGAGCCAGAGGGUCCAGUCCUCGUACAGGAAGCGCUUUGGGCCUCAGGGCGGCUCAGGCUCCAGGAUUGGAAGCCUGUCUUCCAACCGCCUCUCCUGGCAUGGCACCCCCCGAACCGUCUCCCACUCCAGCCCCAUAUCCAGGGUCUCCCUGGGCUCCGCCAGCACGGCCCUGCUGCUGGGGAGCCCGGUGGACCGGCUGGACUUCUCAGCCGACUCCCUGAUGAAGGCCCAUUACAAAGAGACGCGCACAAACGAGAAGAUGGAGAUGAUGGGCCUGAACGACCGCUUUGCCAGCUACAUAGAGAAGGUGCGCCUGCUGGAGCAGCAGAACAAGAUGCUGGUGGUUGAGCUGAACCAGCUGAAGGUGAAGGAGCCCAGCAGACUGGGAGACAUCUACCAGGACGAGCUCAGGGAGCUUCGGCGGCAGGUGGACGGCCUCACCAAUGGCAAGGCUCGGCUGGAGGUGGAGAGGGACAACCUGGCCGCCGAUCUGGCCACGCUGAAACAGAGACUGCAAGAUGAGAUCACGCUGCGGCAGGAAGGAGAGAACAGUUUGAACACCUUCAGACAGGAUGUGGAUGAGGCGGCUCUCAAUCGAGUCCAGCUGGAGCGAAAGAUCGAAGCCCUGCAGGAGGAGAUCAACUUCCUCAAAAAGAUUCACGAGGAGGAGAUGCGUGAGUUACAGGAUCAGAUCGUGGCCCAGCAGGUCCAUGUUGAUCUGGAUGUUUCUAAACCAGACUUAACUGCGGCUCUGAGAGAAAUCAGAGUUCAGUACGAGAAUAUGGCCUCCUCCAACAUGCAUGAAACAGAGGAGUGGUACCGGUCCAAGUUUGCUGACCUGACAGAUGCAGCCACUCGAAAUGCAGAAGCCCUGCGCCAAGCUAAGCAAGACGCUAAUGAAUAUCGGCGUCAGGUCCAAGCUUUGACCUGCGAUCUGGAUGCUCUUCGUGGCACAAACGAGUCUCUGGAGCGCCAGCUUCGGGAAAUGGAGGACCGCUGUGCCAUGGAGGCCGCUGGGUACCAGGAUACGGUGAGCCGUCUGGAGGAGGAGAUCCAGGCCCUGAAAGAGGAGAUGGCAAGGCAUCUGCAGGAGUACCAGGAUCUUCUCAAUGUCAAGCUGGCUCUGGAUAUCGAGAUAGCCACCUACCGGAAACUGCUGGAGGGAGAGGAGAGCAGGAUCACCAUUCCGGUCCAGAGCUUUGCCAACCUGCAGUUUAGAGACACCAACCUGGAUACCAAAACCCCAGAGGCCCAUGUGAAGAGGAGCAUCCUGGUCCGAACUGUGGAGACCAGAGAUGGGGAGAUCAUUAAGGAAUCAACCACUGAGCACAAAGACCUUCCUUGAAUUACAAAGUCCAGUUUCCUCAUUAUGUCCUCAAACACGUUCUGAGGCUUCUGACUUAAUUAGCCCAUUAUUUUCAUUGCAAUCCCCCAAGAUGGCUGUCUUUCCAUUAGGCCCCGCUUUCUAAUCGAUGUAACUGUUUUACAACACACUACCAAAUAACGUACUUUCAGACUAAAAUGUCCAUUUUAAACCUGGUGCGUUCCUACUAGCAACCUGUAACCAUUUUUACUAAGAUGUACAAAUUUGUCGUAGCUGACGAACAACGAUUGUUUUCUGCAUUGGUUCCAGUCAUCUGUGGUAGAAGAGGCCUUGAAAUGUAGUGAGUGUGUUCACCUAAUAUGUAGCGUUGUGGAGGUUGACGUGCGGCUACGUGUAUGUGAGACGUGGCGGGCAGGAGGGAGUUCUUGGUUUGUAAACACGGAAGUUGGAUUCAGGUAAGAAACGUGGAGAUGAGUUUAUGUCACAGCAGCUUUUGGCAGAACGACAGCUGAUAGCCAACUGGUGCUAUUAUUUUUUUUACUUUAGGAACUUCAUCCAUGUCCUUUAUCUAAGGGCCUGCUCAUCUGCUUGUUUCUUUUUUUUUUUAACCAUCUAACAAGCUACGGCUGGGGCAGAUUAAUUGGACUGUUUUGCUCCCUGAGGCGCAUGUGUAAAGAUGAGCAACAUACGCAAAGUGACGCAUACUGUUAAUUAAGCAAGUUCACUUUUUCCUCCAGCAGCUUAAAUUGUGCCGUGUUGUGUUUGGCACUCGGGAAGAGGAAAAAACUCCUAACGGUGCUUCAGAGUGAAUAAUCCUAAAUAUCAGCCGUCAAAAAACAGGAGCAGUCUCUUUUAAUCAGUCAGAGGAGCUAAAAUUAGACCUCUUCUCCACUGCAUCAAGCAUCCUUGAAUGCUUCCUGAUAAA